AUAUGAUCUGAGUAUUUAACUUAAAACUCUGUAGCUGGCCAUGGAUCGCAUAAAGGAAAAACUGGAGAUUUUAGAUGGAAAAAAUGUCAAGACUCAUGUCAAACAGGAAGCCCUGGAUAAACUUGGCUUGACAGAUAUACAACUUAGACAAUAUCAGAUUGAUGGAGUCAAUUGGCUCAUAGAGCGUUUCCAUAGAGAACAUGGUUGUAUCCUUGGAGACGAGAUGGGGCUCGGCAAGACUUGUCAGAGUAUUUCCUUUAUUGUUUACCUUCAUGGAAAUAAUUUGGCCAAAGCCCCGUGUUUGAUUCUGGCUCCUCUUUCUGUGACAGGAAACUGGCAAACAGAGCUCCAGAAGUUUGCUCCUGGGCUGGAAGUGAUGACAUAUAUGGGAAACAAAGACUUCCGAGAGAAUCUACGACAUAAAAUUACAAGGGGUAAAAAGAAAGGAAAGAUCCCCUUUGACGUCCUGCUCACAACAUAUGAGAUUCUUCUGAAGGAUGAGUCAUUUCUUGGACAUCUGUCCUGGUCAUUGUUGGUUGUGGAUGAAGCUCACAGACUGAAGAACCAUGAGUCUAUCCUACACCAGGCACUGUGUCAGUUUGACAUAGAGCACAGGGUUCUGCUAACAGGGACUCCAGUCCAGAACAACCUGAAAGAGCUGUACAGUUUACUUAGCUUUGUGGCAGCUAAAAUCUUCAGGGAGAAAUACAGGGAGACAUUCCUGGAAAUGUUUGAAAAUGUUGAGGAAGAGGGUGGCCAAAAAUGGAGAAUUACAGAAUUACAUGGCAUACUGCAGCCAUUUUUGUUGAGGAGAGUGAAGAAUGAAGUGGUGAAAGAUUUGCCCCAAAAAUCUGAAAUCGUUUUGUAUCACAAUUUGAGUUCACUUCAGAAGAAAUAUUACAAGGCUAUUCUCACUAAGGAUUUAGAAGCCUUUGAGAACCCCAACCCAGGACAGAGUAAAAUGCGCCUGAUGAAUGUGCUGAUGCAGCUGAGGAAGUGUGUCAAUCAUCCUUACCUGUUUGAUGGUGUGGAGCCAGAGCCAUUUCAGCUGGGAGAACACCUCGUGACAGCCAGUGGCAAGCUCCUCCUGAUUGACAAUCUUCUCAGAUUUCUGAAACAGAAUGGCCACAAAGUUCUCCUCUUCUCUCAGAUGACAAGAAUGCUGGAUAUUAUACAGGAUUACCUGGGAUACAGAGGCUAUAACUAUGAGCGACUGGACGGGUCAGUGAGGGGAGAGGAACGAUUCCUGGCCAUACAGAACUUCAACAACCAAGAGGACAACUUUGUCUUCCUACUCAGCACAAAAGCAGGUGGGCAGGGCCUGAACUUGACCUCUGCUGACACAGUGAUAUUUGUGGACAGUGACUUUAACCCUCAGAAUGACCUUCAAGCUGCUGCAAGGGCUCACAGGAUUGGCCAGACAAGGCCAGUUCGCAUGAUACGACUGAUAGGACGCAGUACAGUGGAGGAGAUUAUACUUCGGAGAGCAGAAGCCAAACUCAAACUGACCAAUAGUGUGAUAGAAGGAGGACAGUUUUCUUUAGGUGAUACUAAGGAAUCUAUUAUUGCUGACGACAGUUUCCAGUUACAAGACAUUCUCAAGUAUGGGUUGGACAAACUGUUUGAAGAGGGGGAGAACUCUGAAGAAGACGUGAACUUUCACAAAAUCCUGGGUGGCUCCGUCAACGGAGAGUGGCAGUUAGAGGAGGUGGAGGAGGAUGCGACGAUAGAUGAUGAUAAGGGUACUGAGGGGGGCCCACAGAGCAUGUACAUAUUUGAGGGGACAGACUACUCCAAGGGACCCUCUACAGAAGAUAAAUCCAUGUUUGACAAAAUAAUGGAAGCUGAGAAGACAGCACUAGAGGCCAGGACAAACACUGGAGGUGAAAGGUCACGUAGGAGGACCAGCACCACUCUGUUAGCAGGGUUACCAGAUACAUCUAAGAGGUUGAGAGUCAAGCUGACACCAGAGCUACUGGAGGAGAGGCGUAGAAAGAGGAAGGAGGCUGCUGAGAGGAAAGCGUUAGAGGAGGAAGAGGAAGAAAUACGCAGAGCACAGAGACGACGUCAGCGCAAAGAGGAGUUGUGGCGUGAGAAUGGAUACGAGUCAUACAACAUUAUCUCUAGGGAAGAGGAGCCUGUGAACGAGGAGUCAGAAGAAGAGUCUGACUCGGAGGAUGAGUCAGGGAGGAGGAUAGAGUAUGUGAGUGGAGAUGUGACUCACCCUACCCGUACCCAGGGGAGGAAUGCUAUCAUCAUACACUGUGCAGAUGACUCUGGGAAGUGGGGUGCAGGGGGUGUCUUCACGGCCAUAGACGCCAGGUCAGCCAUUCCUAAAGCUCACUAUGAACUGGCCGGUGACAUGAAAGAUCUGGCUCUGGGGGAUGCCCACCUCAUCUCUCUUGAUGAUGUACAGAAAAGGGAAAAUGGACAAGACUUUUUGGGCUUAUUGAUCGUUCAACACCGUGAUCGCCACAGCCAGCUUUCCGGUAUAAAGCUGACCGCCCUGAGUAAGGCGCUGGAGAAGAUCAGCAGGGUUGCCAAACGCAAAAACGCGAGUGUCCACUUACCCCGUAUAGGGUAUAACACCCCAGGGUUUAACUGGUAUGGCACAGAGAGGCUGAUUGGCAAACACCUGGUCUCUAAGCACAUACCUACCUUCAUAUAUUAUUAUCCAAGAAAACGAAAGGGAACAAGUAUCUCACCUGGAAUCUCAUUAAAAGCGAGAAAACUGAGCAGGGAUAACAAGCCGGAGAUGAGUUCCAGUGAGCCUAGUAGCAGCUCUCCCAAGCCUGUGAGACUGACCGAUGUAUUCUCUGGCAUAUCAGUGUAUAUCCACGGCUUACCUGAGGACCAAACCAGGAAGAUCAAGCGCUACAUUGUCGCAUAUGAUGGGGAUGUUGAUUCCAGCCUGAAAGAUACAACCUCACAUAUUGUAACCUGUGCAACAACGGACCAGCAGUCUGAGACCUUGAGGACCCUGCUGGGUGAUGACAGCUCCGCAUCAGUGGUAGAGGUAGACUGGGUGGAGGACAGUGUUAAGAAAGGGCAGAAGCUAGAAGAGGCCCAAUACAGAAUCAGUCUUUAACAUCCUCCCAAAUUUUACCCAGUGUUUCCUAUUUAUAACAAGCUGGAGGUGUGGAUUUAUGUGCACACUAGUACUUUUGACAGUGUUUAGAAGUUUUUGUAUAACAUGUACCUGGUUUAUGUAUAAUAUAGUGUACAACAGUAUUUUUAUAGAAAACGGUUUUUAUAAGGUAUGUUGCAGAGAUGAAUACUUGUGUUCCCUCUGUGUUCAGUUCGCAGAUUUUGUGAAAACAUAGGAAGCGUAGGGAGAGUGAGUACAUGAAUGUAUGGUGUACUAACCCCAAAUUACAAAGGUAUAUUAUCAGCUACUGCAGAUAACAGAGGAUCACAGUUACAGGAUUACAGAAUUAAAGCCAACUAAUUUUUGUACUGAAACAUGAAUACAGACUAAUAGUUUGUGUGACUUUAUAAUCUGUAUAAUUUGUGUAGAUACAUUGACAUUGUACAGAAUCCUAGCAGUCUUUGUGGUAAUUGUUUCCAAGACAUUGUACACAGUAACACUGUACCAAAUCACAGUAUCAUUACUGAUUAAAUAUGACAAAUAGAGAGUGCCUGACAUAAACCACUGACCUGUGGUAAGUUUAUACCGACUUUCCCAUGUGUGACAUACAUAUAUGCACACCACAUUGGUGCCAGAGAAGCAGGCGUCCA